UAUAUAUGAAAAUUAAAUAUAGAGUGGCGACCCUGCCGCAAUUCGUUUUUCAAUUUCGUUAUUUUUGUGUAGUUUGAAUUAUUUCAUUAUUUGAUCCAUGAUACUUUCAAGGAAUUCUAUUGUACACCUAGUAAUUUUUGAUUGAAAUGAUCGUCCCAAGUAUAACCAACAGAAUUAUUUACAAAAUUCAUUGCUUUAUAUAUUUACAAUUUGUGGAAGGAUUGGUAGUAAAUAAUGAAGUUUUGGAAAUGGGCAAAACACAAUAUAAUCUCUUGAAAGACAAAUCAGUUUUACCUCGUUAUGGAUCUUGCUGGAAAUCUGCUGUACAGCAUUUGGAGACUAGUUGCAGAUAUCUUAAUGAGAACAUUCAAAGUGAAAUUGCCCUUCAUAUUACUAAUUGUUUUCUAGAAAUGUCAGGUCACCCAACUUAUGACUGUGAAUUUGAUAAAAAGGUCAAUUUAAGAGCAAUUUGUAUCAAUAGUAUGUCUGAUCGUGCUUUCAAUGUUUACACAGAAUUUUACACUCACACUCAAAAUAUUUGCUGGUUUUUGCAAGGACAAAUUUGGAAUGAGAUUAUAGCAGACAAUACCAUACUUGUGGGAAAACAGCUGAAAGAGACUGCUCAGAAUCAAGAAGGGUUGCUUCAAGCCCAAAUAAAAAGUUUCAAACUUCAAAUGCAAAUGUAUGAACAUGGUAAAGUGUUGGAAAAUGUUUUACACGAUAUUUUUGUUUCUUUUGAGACAAAUCAAAGCACAUUAAAGCUUCUGUCUGCAGCAAUAAAUAAUUUACAAGAUUGGAUUGUAGGUGAAAUUUCAUGGAUUGACUCUGCAAUAUUUUAUUCCAUAUCAGUUCUUUCAGUUUUUGCAUUGACUGCAACUCGGAGAACCAGUUCUGCACGAUUACCCAUAUUACUUGUAUUUUUUUUUCAUUUAUUAAUUGAAAGGUAUUUUUGUUCAAUCAUGGUUUCAAACAACUCAGGAAUUGAGGCACAUAUUGUGCAUUCAAAUAUUUAUAAUUAUGUCUGGUAUUCCAGAUAUGGACUUCUUAUACUUGCUGCUACAAUUUUUAUUUAUAAUUUUUUUGUUCACAAUGACAUACUGACAAAACAAUUUGAAUUGCUUUGCAUGAUUCAAAAUCAGAAUAAUCGUAUUUUGAGUUUAUUGAAUGAAUCUAAAAAUAAUUUCAAUUUUUAUAAACCUAAAAUAGCACUUAUUGAUGAUAGUUGUGAAAACUCUGUUCCGUACUUAAGGGAUGACAUUUCACAUAUUAGCUGUUGUGAUGGUGAUAUUUCUAAUUUUAAUCCCAGUGGCAUGGCUGUUGAUAAAUGUACUCCUUCCAAAAGGGAAGAAGUAUUCUCAACGAAACAUAAGAAAUCUACAUUGCCAAUUAUUGAAAAUGAUAAGAAGGUACAUGGAGACAUAAAAACUACAAAAUAUAACUUGAGAAGUAACAGUAGUUUAAGGUGAUAUUAAGAAUAUCACCUUAAAAUUCAUAUUACAUUCAUGGAAUAACAGGGUCUUUGAAGAAAAUAUCCAUGCCUUGCCAAUUGGUUGAAAAAAUGUGGGCCGACAGUAUUUUCAUUGUAUUGUGGGUAGUGUUGUCUUUAGAUUCAUUUUACGCCUGAGGUUCCAACUCUUGCCUAUCAAAUAUAACAUGAAGUUAAACUUUCAAUAUCACCUUAAAUUUUAUUAUAUACUUUGGUAUUGGAAUGAAUUUAUUCAAAUUAUCAAUGGGGGUAUACAAGAUGACUUGUGGUUCUUGUCCCAAAAUUCACAUUGACUAAACUGGGGUAACUUUCUACACUAUAUAUUUCAUUGGAAUGCCGAGAAAUCAAUAAGUUUGAUAAUUUGGAACUAUUACUCAAUGACCAAACAGAUUUGAAUAAAUCCCCAAUAUUGAAUUUGGUUUGUAAUGAAGAAAUUGGAAAUUAAGGUAAAUUUUAAUUAAGGCAAUUUGGGGUCUCAUGUGGUUUGGCAUUUAUUUUAUGUUCGGUUUGAUAAGUUUAUUCCUAGAAUGGUAAAAAUUCAUUAAAUACAAAUUUGUCAGGCAGUGAUAGACAUUAAGAUUAAAAAAUUGUAUAUAAAAACACGAUGUAGAUAUUGUUAAAUCAUACUGAACAUGCCUGAAGAAGCUAUUGUAUAGGAAACCAUGUAUCAUGGUUUUAUGAACGGUUGAGUGAAAAUCUCACAAUAAAAUGUUAUUUGAAUAAU